AUGAAGGAUGCUGCCAAUGAAUUGCAGAAACUUGGUAUCUGUGCCUGCCAAACCAGAUGUACCAACCAUUCACAAAGGUUGAUUGAUGCAUGUCCGAAAUGUCAACUACCCAAACAUGCAACAUGUGGCAUCAAAGUUCCUAAAGAUAAUGGGGAGAUUGUCUACUGGUGUUUCCAAUGCAAGGAGGGUCCAAGCUUGACACGCCUUUCUAGAGUGAGAAAGAAGAGAAUUAGAGGGCAAGAAGAAGCUGACGAGGAAAAAGGGAUAAAGGUCAAUAAGGCGAAGAAGAAACCUAAUCGUUUACACUAUAAACUCCCUGUAAAGCAAACCCAAGCUACCAGACAUCAUGACAAAGAUGAUUCCUCAGAAGAAGAAUUGGAAGAGUCUUCCAAUGUCAAGAAGAUGUCUAACCAAUCAGCCAAGAAGACGUCAACUUGUCAAACUAAGAAGUCAAAUGUCCAGCUGUAUGAACCUAGGCUGAUGUCAACUGAAGCAAGUUAG